AUGAUUGUCGAUGCGUUUGCGCCGCAGCUGUCGCUGGUGCGGCUGCAGCAGAUGCUAGUCGACGUCGGCAUCGCCAACGUGCUGCUGGCCGCCGUGUCGGUGGCCGUGGCGGUGCUCGUCGCCGACUAUGCGCGCAUGCUGUACCUGCGGGCGCGCAUGCCGCCGGGGCCGUUUCCGCUGCCGAUUGUGGGCAACACGUUCCUGCUGCCCGAGAACAAGCCGUGGAUCUACUUUGAGGCGCUGUCGGAGCGCUACCAGGCGCCGCUCAUUACCUUUUGGAUCGGGCGCAACCCGACGGUGUGGAUCAACGACGCGUGGUGCGCGCACGAGAUUUUGGAGAAGAAGGCGCAGAUCUACGCGUCGCGGCCGCGCAUGGUCGUGUUCGGCGAGCUGGGCACGGGGCAGUCGAACCUGGUGACGAUGCGGAUCCGCAACAGCGCGGAGCGCGAGCACUGGCGCGUGCACCGCAAGCUGAUGCACCUGGGCGUCGGCAUCCAGGCGGUGCGGCGGUACCGCGACGUGCAGAACAACGAGAGCAAGGUGGUGGCGCUCGACUGCCUGCGCGAGCCGGCCGCCUACGUCAAGCACCUGGAGCGCUACGCCACGAGCGUCGUGUCCGUGCUGGCCUUUGGCCGCCGCGUGGCCAGCUACGGCGACCCCAUCAUCACCGAGGUCAUUGCGCUGAUGCACCUGGCGGCCGACCUCAACGUGCCGGGCAAGUCGUUCCCCAUGCUGCUCGAGACCUUUCCGGUGCUGGCCAAGUUCCCGCGCUGGGCGCCCUGGUUCCGCGGCAUGGGCAACCGCGGCCAAAAGGGCGGCCACUACUUCUUCCACACGCUCGCCGAGGAGGCCGUCGCCCAGCGCGCCGCCAAGCCGGACCACGAAAAGGCCGGCACGCCCACGCCGUUUGCCGAGACCCUGCAGGCCGAGGCCGGCAAGUACGGCCUGUCGACCGAGGAGCUGUCGAGCCUGACGGGCAACCUGUUUGGCGCCGGCUCCGACACGUCCUCGUCGACGCUCAUCACCUUUGUGCUGGCCUGCUGCGCGUUCCCGGCGCCCAUGCGCACGGCCCAGGCCGAGCUCGACGCCGUCGUCGGCCGCCAGCGCUCGCCCGACUGGGACGACCACGACGCCGGCCGCCUGCCCUACGUCAACGCCCUCGUCAAGGAGGUGCUGCGCUGGCGCUCCGUCGCCAUCAUCGGCGGCCAGCCGCACUCGCCCACGCAGGACGACGAGUACAGGGGCUGGCACAUCCCCGCCGGCGCCUGGGUCCAGGGCAACGUCUGGGCCAUCCACCACAACGCCCGCGAGUUCCCCGACCCGGACCGCUUCGCGCCCGAGCGCUUUAUCGCCGGCAGCGACCUCGCCCGGCCCUUCCCCGGCGACCGCGGCUACAUGACGUUUGGCUGGGGCCGCCGCGUCUGCAGCGGCCAGGCGCUCGCCGAGCAGGGCGUCUGGAUCACCAUCGCCCGGCUGCUCUGGGCCUUUACCAUUGCGCCCUACCGCGACCCCAAGACGGGCGUCGAGGACACGGUCGACAUCUUUGCCUUUACCAACGGCCUCAACAUGCGCCCGCAGCCGUUCCGCUGCACCUUUGUGCCGCGCGCCGAGGCGAUCCGCGAGACGCUCGUGCGCGAGGGCCAGCAGGCCCUGGUCGACCUGCAGCCGCUCGACGGCGAGAGCAAGUACCGCAUGAGCACCUUUUACCAGGCGCAGAAGCGCGCCAUUGCCGAGGAGCCCGUCUUUGACGAGCACGGCGAGCUCAAGGUGGUCAAGGUGAAGUAG